UAUCAGCAAGCCCUAUCGCCAUCUUCAAUAAUUCAUUGUUCAGUUAAUUCUCAUCGUUCAACAUGAAGGGAGUUGCAUUUCUAGGUGCGCUCUUUGGAAUAUUGGUUACAGUUGCUUAUGGAUUAGAUUGCGAACAAGAAGGAUAUGUUUGUAAAGACAAAAAUAUAGAGACGUGCGAUGGGCAAUUUGACUCCAGUCUUACAUGUGGUGGAUAUUGGGGAAUACAGUGCUGCAAAACAAGAAAUCCAGCUACAACUGCCACUCCCAGUGCAGCAACUACAACUACAAGACCAUCUGGUUCUUCACCUAGACCAACCCAAGGGCCUGGAUCAACGACAACUCCAUUAGGAAGCUGUGGUAAAUCCAGCGUUGACAUCCGAAGCUAUAUCACACAAGGUAGAGAAUCUACACCAGGUUCUUGGCCAUGGCAGGGUUCCCUAAGAUUGUCAAAUGGAGCAACCCACAACUGUGGAGCAGUCUUGAUUUCAGACAGAUGGGUAUUGACCGCUGCUCAUUGUAUUGUUUCAAUUUAUGACAAAAUUCAUACGUAUCGUGUUCUGUUAGGGGCACAUUAUCAGUACACAGAAAACCUCAACGAAAAUGCAUAUUCUGCUCGCCUAAAGUUUAUGAUACCACACCACCGUUAUGAAAAGGAUGGGCCAGGAUUCCCAUAUGAUAUAGCUCUGCUGGAACUUGACCGCCCUGUACCCCUUAACCGAUACAUUCAGCCCGUAUGUCUCCCAAAACCAGGCGAGGUUUUCACAGAGCAAGAUGAGUGCUACCUUACUGGAUGGGGAGACACGAGAGGUACUGGUGAUGACAAUGUACUAAACCAAGUGCGAGUAAACGUUGUACCCAAUGCAGCUUGCUCCGACAUGUGGGCAAAGUAUCCCCGUACCGGACCACGAAUCUACGACUUCCAUAUUUGCGUUGGUGAUGGCUUGAAAGGAUCGUGUGCGGGUGAUUCUGGCGGACCUCUUGUGUGUCGAAGAGGAUCCCAAUGGGUACUUGCUGGCGUAUCAACUUGGGCAAUGCAGGGCUGUGACACCCCUAACUUCCCCAGUGUCUACUCCCGAGUGACCAGCUUCCUCCCAUGGAUCAAACACAACACUGAGGGAUUCGAGAGUUAAACUCAAUAUGUACAAUGUUAAACUGUUUAUAGUUUUCAAAUAAAGACGUGUUUGAUGAUUUCAAUGUACGGAG